AACAAAUAAGUUCAGGGAAAAAACGAGGUCCCGUAUAGCAGGCAACCUAAGAAUCUACAUAUAUAUAAAGGAUUAUUUCGUAAAUAUUAAUAACAUUGCGGGCUGAACUGCAAUAGGAAGCAGUCAACAAGAUGAAGCUCAUUAUUACAUUCGCGUUGCUGACUGUAGGCAACGCUCAUAUUAUCAAGCCAGGGUGUGACCUGAUCUCUAUUGGAAACGUAGUCUACCAGAAGGAUGUGUUGAAAGACAACAUUAACGACCCUUACCAGAUGGCCAUCGACUACAACACUAACACGCUAUUCUUCAGUCAUUCAAGAGACAAUCCAAAAAACAACGAAGAUGUAUUUGAGUCAGCGUAUUUGAACUUGGACACUAACGAGUACAACAUCAUCCCUGGGAUUAUCGGUGGAUUUGCUGCUGCUGUAGACAAUACAAAGCACAAAGUAUAUCUCGGCGGAAGGAACGGCAUUUAUGAAUACAAUUAUGAGUCAAAAAAAGCAGUCCACGUCAACCCGAAAGGCUACAGUAUUUGGCAAUUAUUUUUCAAGGACAAGCUGUACUACACCGCGUACCCACAAGAAAGAGUGUACACUUUUGUAGAUGGUAAAUCGGAAUUAGUAUCUGAACUGAAACGAACCAUGGCACAGCUAGUUGCUCUUGAUAAUAACUACAAUAUGUAUUUCUCCAAUUCAUCUGGUCUGUUUUGCUUAAACAAAUCUGAUAAGAAUAGUGUUCAACUGGGUGAUUAUACCAUUAAUAGCUUUACAGCAGACAAAAAUGGCAAUCUGUACUUCACGACACCUUCUGCUUUUUAUAAAAUUAAUGAAAAGAAUGUACAUUUACUAGCGCAUGUUGAUGAUGUUUUCGGAUUGGUUGUCGAUGGAGAAAAUAACUUUAUUUAUGGGACCGGAGACAAAAUUAUUAAAAUAUCACGGAAGGAAAAUAAAUGUUAAUUAAAUGGUAAUCUGAUCUGGAUAAAUCCUAUACUUGAUAUUUCAAUCAGAACAAGCUUUUAUAUUUUUUUAAAUUUACAAAACAAUUCGUUAUUUAGCGAUUUCAAGUACCUAACUCUUUCAAACCGCAAAAUAUGGAUGGUUGGUAAAACAUCCUGCGCCUACAUUAUAUUUUCUAUUUAUUUAGUCGUAUGGCAUCAAUUUAAAAGUAGGCAAUUAUUUCUACAUUUUAAAUAAAUAUUCUACGAAUUAUAAAUAACUAAACCAAA